AUGAACGGCAGUGGUGAUAGUGGUGGUGAUGAUACCAGUGAUACUGGUGAUGAUAGUGGUGGUGAUGAUAGCGUUGAAUAUUGCUGUGUUGGCGGUGAAAAUGGUGGUGAUGAUAGUAGUGAUGUUGGUGGAGACUCCAUAAAUGGUGAUAGUGUUGAUAGCGGUGGUGAUAGUGGUAGUGAUGAUGAUAGUUAUGAUAGUGGUGGCGAUGACAGCGGUGAUAGUGGCAGUGUUGAUAGCAGUGAAUAUGGAGAUGUUAGCGGUGAAAAUGGUGGUGAUGAUAGCGGUGAUGGUGGUGGAGACUCCAUAAAGUACUCAAAAAGAUAUUAG